CACCUAGCCCACAAAUAGCAUCUAAUUCUUCACCACCAUCACAACAACUUCACCAACACUAACUCAACCCGACACACACCCACACAAAAAAAAAUGUCCCUCCUUUCCUCCGGUGGCUUCUUCGGCCGCAGAAGAAACGACCCGCCACCCCACCAACCCACGUGGGACCACUACCAGGCCCAGGACCAUCACCACCCUCUGGGAGUUUCCCAGCCCCACCACCCACCCCCCUUCAUGUCCUUCCCCAGUGACUCCUCGCCGGUGCUCAACACCGCCCUCAUAGAGUGGAAGGAGACCCCGGAGGCGCACGUUUACAAUGCGCACCUCCCGGGCUACAAGCGCAACGACGUGCGCGUGGAGGUCGACGACGACCGGGUGCUCUGCAUCGUGUGCGGGAAGAGCGUCGAGAAGGAGGAGCAGAGGGGAGGCUGGCACCGCGUCGAGCUCUCCAGUGGACAGUUCGUUCAGCGCCUCACUUUGCCUGAGAAUUCCAUGGUGGAUCAUGUUAAGGCCUAUAUGGAUAACGGGGUGCUCACUAUCACGGUUCCUAAACACCACAGAGGGGUCAAUAACCGUGUUAGAAACAUUAACAUCUCUUCUCGUCCGUGAGUGUUGUUGUUGUGUGUCUCAUGAAAUGAAAGAAUUGAAACCUAGCUAACCGCUAUCUUUGCAUAAGAAACACGGUUGUCUAGAUAAAUAAAUAAUAGUAACAAAAGUUAUGCGUCCAAGUCUAGACUUUUGCCUCCUUUCAAGUUUCAACUAUAUAUAUUCCAUGUAUUAGAUCAAUAAUUAGUUUGAGGGAUUACCCUUAUAACAAACAGUUCCCAAUAUGAAAUUUGCAGAGGCAAACUAAUUAAUUGACACUGCUUUGGUGUAUUGAGGGAAUUAAUAUACAUAUAUAUGUAGUAUUAUAUAUAAUGGAAAUUCUGUCUUAAAUGGA